CAUCAAAUCUGUUCUGUCGGUAAACGAACUAUUCUGUGGUGCUGUCUAAAAUUUCUCUAUUAUUCAUUGCUCCCUUGUGCUCUAUUUAUUUCUUCGAUUUCGAAAAUUGGCUGUUUUCUUAUAAAACAGCAUUUUUGUAAUUUGAAAUGAGUCUGUUAAGUAAAUUAAAACCUUUUUUAAGGUUGCGAGAUGUUAAACAAACCGAAGCACUGCUCAGACACAUGUCCGAGCACAGGGUAUUUCCCUUGGCACCUUCGAAGUGGCAGUGGAAGAAAACGAAGGAUCUCUUCCAUUUCUAUUUCAUGUUGGGCGCUAUUCCCUGUACGUUGGCAGUCAUGUAUGGCAACAUAUUCGUCGGACCGGCUACUUUGUCUGAAAUACCGAAGGAUUAUGAACCCAAAUAUUGGGAGUAUUAUAGAAAUCCCAUCACCCGGUUUAUCGCUAGGUACAUAAUGAAUAACCCUCAGCAAGACUAUGAGAAGUAUUGUCACUACAUUUUCGUAGAAGAGGAAAAGAAAAGACUCAGGUUCUUGGAGAAAGAAAUUGAAGCAAAAAUAGCCGAACGGGACGACUAUCAGGCAUAUUACUACAAACCAGUCACCGCCAAAUAUCAAAGGGUUAUUAAAGAGAGCGCCGACACGAUAAAACAUAUUCGCACUGAAUAAAAUUUAACAAGGUUGUAAAUAAUAUGUAGUUUAUUAGGCAUUGAUAAGAGACAAAAAAAAUGUGAGUUUGAU